AACAGCAGUUGCUCACUCGGAUGCAGCGGGUCGGUAGCAGUUUCUCCGAGAGCGGGGUGUCCUCCCGGCGUCCCAGCGUGGCCCUCGCUGAACAGAACCAGGUGGCCACACUGCCAGUGCGACUGCUCAGGGACCAGCCGGCAGCUGUGCUGGAUGACAGCCAUGUGGAAAACGGCUUCCAAGUGAAGAUGGAUGCCCAUGGCUUCACCCCGGAGGAGCUGGUGGUACGGGUGGACGGCCAACGCCUGGUGGUGACCGGUCAGCGGCGACUGGAGGGCUGCGACCCGGAGAGGGGCAGAUACCACAUGUCACAGAAGGUGCACCGGCAAAUGCGACUGCCACCCGACCUGGAUCCCACCGCCAUGACCUGCUGCCUGACCCCCUCUGGCCAGCUGUGGGUCCGAAGCCAGUGUGGGGUGGCACUGCCUCCCCCUGAAGCCCAAACAUGCCUGUCCCCAAGAUUCAGGAGCCACAGCUCCAAGGCUUCCAACCUAGCCUGACCCAGUAAACAACCCCGUGGUGUGCAGCA